AUGGAUCCAUUUUUACAUGCAUUUUUUGCAGUUGAUCUUGAUCAUGAUGAAAAAAUCAGUAUGCAUGAUUUACAGAAUUAUGUUAAAACAUACAAUCUAGACGAAAAAAUGAUUGAAAGCUGGAGAAAUUUGUUUGAUCCAAAUCGUACUGGCUAUAUAACACUAGCAAAGUUUUGCGAUGUACUAGGAGUAAAAAUGGAAGAGGCUCGAAAGGUUAGGGACGAAAUUAAAAAACGUUCAACUAAUAUGCUUCCAUCUGAUAUUUAUGUUAUUGCUCAGCAAAUGAGUAUUGCCGAUCAAAUACAAAUAAGUGAUCAAGCUAGACGUUUAUUAAUUCCACCUAAUGAACUUGAUAAUAAAGAAAUUGCUCAUAAUUUAAAAUUAUGGCUACAUAAAGUGUAUGGUCCAAUAUGGCAUGUUGUGGUAAUACGUGGAGAUUAUGGUACAUCAUAUACACAUUCAGAGAAUCGAUCAUUUCAAUUUCGACUACGAAAUAAAUGUUUUUUAAUAUGGGGUACACCUGAUCAAUAA